CGAGACAUUCUACGUUUUGAGAGCAGGAGUAAAGAUGGAAGAGCUGAAGGCGGCGGGGAAGGUGGUUCUGUGGGUGAUCGCGGCGAUGGCCGGCGCCCGCUUCGUCGCCUCUCGGACAAAACCCGGCAGGCUCCGGUUCCUAUUCCUCCUCCCUGUUGUCUGCCUCCUCCCUUUCCUCCCGAUGCACUUCUCCACCAUUCACCUCCGCAGCAUCUCCGCCUUCUUCCUCGCCUGGCUCGCCUUGUUCAAGCUCUUUCUCCUCUCCGCCGGCUCCGGUCCACUCUCCGCCGACCUCCCCUUCUUCACCUUCCUCGCCUCAGCCACCCUCCCCGUCAAGCUGGUCCACCAAAAAUCGCCACAAAAACCUAAAAACCCGACCACCACCGCCCUGUUCCUCCCCUCCGCCGCCAAGGCCGCCCUCCUCUCCGUUCUCAUCUCCUGUUACCGAUUCAAAGACACGAUCCAUCCUUACCUGCUCCUCUCCAUUUACUCGAUCCACGUGUACCUCGCCCUCGACCUGGUUCUCGCCGCGGCCGCCGUCGUCGCGUCGCUCCUCCUCCCGCGGGGCCUCCAGCUGGAACCACAGUUCGACGCGCCUUACCUCUCCGCCUCCCUCACCGACUUCUGGGGCCGCCGCUGGAACAUCAUGGUCUCCGCCAUCCUCCGUCCGUCGGUCUAUCUCCCCGUCCGCAACCGAUGCGGCCGCCCGGCUGGCGUCCUCGCGACCUUCUUCGUCUCCGGCCUGAUGCACGAGUUUAUGUUCUGGUACCUGACCCUCGCACCGCCCACCGGGGAGGUGACUGCGUUCUUCGCGAUCCACGCCGUCUGCGUCGUGGCGGAGGCGGUGGCCCGGCGGUUAGGGUGGCGACUGCCUGCGCCAGUGGCGACGCCGCUGACUCUGGGGUUCGUAGCGGCGACGGGCUUCUGGCUCUUCUUCCCGCCGAUCCUCAGGAGCAGGGCGGAUGAGGCGGUGUUGACGGAGUGUUCGGCGGUGCUGGCUUUUACGGCAGCCGCCGUCACGAAGAUUCUGGAAUGGGGCCGGUUGACUUGAUCCCGACGCGAGAUCGGAUCGACAUAUUUCCAUUCAGGUCACAAAUUAAUUUCAAUUUUAAUUUACUAUUUUGCCAUUGAACUGCAUUUUGCCAUUGAAAUGGAAAAGUCUGUGUCUGAGUACGCAGCUACAAUUUUUUUUUUUUAAUUGGGCCCAGCUGGCUAACGUUGUGCUUUAUUUUAUUUGUUAUUUUUAUUGCUUAUUUAUUAAAAUAUUUUGCGUAGUUUCAUUA